UAGGAAAGAAAAAUUUAUAGCAAAGCUUGGAAUAAACCUCCAGUAACAGUACAUCGUUACAUCGGUACCACAUCGCUCUCAGAGCUAAAGCUAUACUUUCUUUGCUCCUCGCCUGUCUCAAGACAGUCUUUGAAUCGAAGUAUUUUGAUCUCAAAUUCUUUGAAUCCUUGAUAUCGGGGAAGGCGCAUUAUCUUGAGCGCUUCCUGAGCACUCCCACCUGCGCCAGCCAGGAUGAGUUUUCUGGACGCAAGAGAGCAUGGCAGCAAGGUUGGCUCUGGUGGGCACGCGUCAGCACAGAAUGAGGCCAUCGACAGAAGGGAGCGGUUACGGCGGCUUGCGCUGGAGACCAUCGAUCUGUCAAAGGAUCCCUACUUCAUGCGCAACCACCUGGGCCAGUAUGAGUGCAGGCUCUGCCUCACACUACACAACAACGAAGGGAACUACCUUGCACACACACAGGGAAAGCGGCAUCAGCAGAACAUGGCAAAGCGUGCAGCGAGGGAAGCAGUAGACAAGCCGGCGCAGCCGCAGCCGCAGAGGAGGUCGGCCGUGAAAAAGACGGUCAAGAUCGGGCGGCCGGGGUACAGGGUCACCAAACAGUACGACCCAGAAGCAGACCAGCGGUCGCUGCUCUUUCAGGUCGAGUACCCGGAGAUAGACGAGGGGGAGAAGCCGCGGCACCGGUUCAUGAGCGCGUUUGAGCAGAAGAAGGAGGCCUCGGACAAGGCGUACCAGUACCUGCUGUUUGCUGCCGAGCCAUAUGAGGUCAUCGCCUUCAAGGUGCCCAACAUGGAGGUCGACCGCACCGCCCGCUUCUUCAACAACUGGGAUGCAGACAGCAAGGUGUACUCGCUGCAGCUGCCCUUCAAGGCGCACCAGCAGCGCAUCGGGCCCUCCAGCGGCCCAGCCAACAGCAUGAUGCCCCAGGCAAGGGAUGCUCCCCCGGCGCCGCCCCCGGGAAUGGCGGGCCCUCCUCCUGCUGCGCCCAACGGCUUUGCACCGCCGCCGCCACCAAUGCAGGCACUAAAUGCCGGCGGCUUCCCACAGCACGGUGCUCCGCCACCGUGGGGCGUGCCUCAACGCUAGCCUUUGAGGUGGAAUGCAAUUGAGUGUGUUCCAUAAUUUGGUCUUUCACGGCCAAAUUGAAAAGAUCCUGUCGGCUAUUUGCCGUCAGGCAUUUGCUGGUGACGGUGUUCAAGAGAUUGAAGUGUUGAACGUGAGGUUCUGUGAGGAUCUGUGUUUCAAGGGAUCGUUGAGAUCAUUAGACAUUGUUGUGCAACAGUGACCAAAGCAUGCUCACUGUAGAAGGUUUGAAAAGUGAAACAAGACAUCCCAUUGCCCUCAGUAUACUGUAAACACAUCAGCAUGA